AUUACUCCGGAUGUUGUUCUGUGUCGCUGUUGUAUUUCCGGUGUCAUCAGUGGACCUACUCAUAGACCCGCCACCGUGGAGCCUUUAUAUUUAUAUUCACACGUCCAUGAACCAGACACGAUACUGGGUUUGGACAAAUAGCACAUUUGCUUGGAAACAGUUGUCUUUCUUUAAGUUGUGUUUGUUGCCUCUGCGACCCGCUGAACACCGACAUGUACCGGCCCGGUAAACCCACACACGGGCCGCCGCCGUACGGUCCUCCACCCCCCCACGGUCCUCCGUUCAGACCCGGAGGGCCCUGUAGUCUUCCUCCGCCUGGACACCUGACACCUGCACCCUGCGGACCAUAUGCGGCCUCAGCACCGGAGAGCCAUUUCCUCCACAACCGGCCACCGAGAGGACACUUCAUCAGUCCCCACUGUAGCAGCUUCUCCAUAGACCGUAGUACAGUGAUUGCUUUGGGAGGCAGCCAGCAGAUCGUCCCUCCUGCACGACCACCGCACAUUCAGGUCCCACAGUGGAAUCCCCCUCCUGUGGAACAUCAUCCUCCAGACAGCAGUGACCAAGCUGGUGAGGAAUUCCUAAGAUGCAUUGCAGCCAACAAGCCUCUCCCAGACUAUCUCAAAGGGAACAUGGCAUACAACCUGGCUGAAGCAUUUAAGUCGGCUAAUGUCCUGAAAGAAGCCAUCAAAUCAGACCCUCAGUUCCAGAAGCAUGUGACCAAGAGUAAGAGCCGUAGUCGAGAGCGUGGCAAAUCUCGAGCCAAGAGCCGUAGUCGAAGCCGUGGCAAAUCUCGAGCCAAGAGCCGUGGGCGAAGCAAAAGCCGGCCACCCAGCCGAAGCAGAGGAAGGAGUCAUGCUCGUGGCAAAAGCAGGGCGAGAAGCAAAAGCAGGCCGAGAAGCAAAAGCAGGGCGAGGAGCAAAAGCAGGGCGAGGAGCAAAAGCAGGGCUCGCAGUAGGAGUCGUAGCCAGAGCCGAAGCAAGAAGAAGAGUAAUGUACGGAGCAAGAGCCGGGUCAGGAGGUCCAAGUCUCGGAGUAGCAGUGGUGAAAAGAGCCAUGGCAAAGACAAAAAGAGAAAGAGGAGCCCCAGCCACAGCCAGAGCAGCAGUAACAAUCUGACAGGGAAUAGUCUGUUAGAAGGACUGAAGCUGGUCAUGAACAGCAAAGAACUGGAAGAGCGGUUGCCCACCCUCAAAGAUGCCAUCCUCACUAUUCAGGCGUCAGAGUGUGUGCCUGAUGAGCACAGACAUCAGCAACAUGACAGUAAGGAGAAUUCAACGUCAUUGGAAAAUGACAGUAUGCUCCUUCCCCACGACCGAGUAGGCAAUGACUUCUCUUGGCUCCAGGCGCAAAGUCCGGAGGACUCUGCAGCCCUGAAGGCUGAUGAGCUUGAAGAUGAAGAGUCGUUUUUAUACGGGAAUGAAGAAACUGGAGGAAAACAAGCCAAUAAAUCCUCUACCACACUUUUUCCAUCAUUUUCCCAGACUGGAGAACAUGCCAAACUACAGGAAAUGGCAAGUUCAGGCAGUCAAAAACAUCAUCAGAACAAGUCCAUAUUCAGUAGCUUUGGGGAUCCGCUUGACCAGAAGCAACCCCUUCAGAUGACUUCCUCAAACUUAGCCCUGACCAAUCUGGACAGCAGUGAGUGUGAGAAGAUCAAGAACAUACUAAAAAGUCUGGGCACAGCAGAUGUCAGCGACUUCAUGGUUAAGAUGCAGGGGCAAAAGGAGGGGAAGCAGCUGUCAACGGCACUUCCUGAUUCAGACCAAACAGCCGCAGGUUUAGCAUUACCAGCACUGAGUAACCCCAACGUACGGCAAGCUCUGGAGUCUCUGCAGUCACUGAUCAAAGCGACAAAGGACAAGCGUGAAAAUAGGGACGGCAGUAGCUCAUCUCAGAAAUCCUCUGAUAAACACAAGGCAGGUGACAAUGAGGACAGGAAGAAAGACAAACAAGGCAGAAUAACUAAAAUGGAGUCCUUGAUGAGAGAACUGGAAGGACUGUUGAAACAGGAUGGAUUGAGUUUCCUGACGCCAGUAAUUGGGUUUUACUGCCAGAAAUGUGAGGAGUUCAUUGGAGAUUUGAAUAGUGCUGAAAACCACGCAUCCAUCCACCGCCAUAGUAACUCCAGCAGUCAAAAAGGGAAGUUGGACAGGCAUGCUGAAGACUGCAAGGGACAUUCGCACCAUGUCCGCAACAGCUCUCAGCACCCACCCCCCUCAGACAAGAGAGAUCACAGGGACCACGGUUACCAUAGAGAUCCAGGAGACAACAGGAAUCACAGAGACUGCCAACGAGACUGGAGGGACGAAAGAGAUCACAGAAGCAAACCCAACGAUGACGGCAGGAGCCACAGGGCCGGGCAGGAAAACAUCUCCUUGCCGGAAAGGAUGAGCAAGGAGAGGAUGCUCAUAACGGUGUCCCGUGGAGUGACACCUCCUCCAAAUGUCAGGGUCAAGGAGGAAGUGAACAAGGAGCACACCGUAGGAAGCCAUAGCAAAGGCAAAGUGGAAGACACAGACAGCAAGGGGAAAUCAUCCAAGAGCAGCAGAGAAAAAGUUGACAAAGAAAAAGAUGAAAGCAGUGAUGGUAGUGACGAUGGCAAAGGAAAAACGCCAAAAGCAAAAGUGUCUAAAAAGAAAAAGAAGAAGGAGAAAAAGAAGAAGAAGGAGAAGGAGAAGUCCUAAUUGUUGUAUUAUGUUUGUCUCUAGUCUGAUCCCUGAGGUGAUGCUGGCAGCUUGUUCCCAUUACACUUGUGGGAACCUUCUCGUUGUUUCUUUCUCUCAUCCCAGUUAGUUAUUUUGUCAUUGAUGUGAUCAGAAGAAGGAGGCAGAACUCAAGGAUCGAUCAUCAUUGUGCUUAAAGGAAAAGGCUGAGUUGUUAGGACCAUAGUCAAAAGUGAAGGUAAAUAUCAAUUAUAUCUUUGUGCAUCUGGUACAGAGAUGGGUCUUACCUAUAGUAUAGUUAGCACCAUUAUUGGAAGCGGCAGGAAGUUAUGAAUUCUUGGAGGUGUAAUUCCCCACCCUCGAUAGAGCUGCUUCCAUUGUUUGUGCCAACUAUGGCCUAGAGCAUCCUCUACUGAUCUCUACUGGACACACACAGAUUAUAUUGAUAUGUUCAUGUAUGGUUAAGUAUGCCCUCACUUCUUGCUUUCAUGUUUGAAUUCAAUGUUUGAAUUAUUUUUGUACACAAACUCAUCUUUCUCAGUACCAUUGCUACUGUGUGCAUAUUUUCCAACGACCAACUGCAUUAUAGUGUUAGAAAUGUGAUAUGUGUGUAUGUCGCAGUUAGUUCCAUUUUCUUACUCGUCUGCAUUUUUAUCUGAAAUACAAGAUUAAACAGAA